AUGCUUCUUCGUCACCCUCUUCUCGCUGUUCUUGCCUUGCUCGCCGCUCCAUCCGGCGUCCUCUCCCGAGGGGGAGGUCACGGUGGCUCCAGUGGUGGUAGUGACAGCGAUAGUGGCAGCAGCAGCGGUGGAAGCAGCGGUGGAAGCAGUGGAGAUGAUAGCGACUCCGGUGGUAGUGAUACAACUUCCACUUCAAGUGAUGGAUUGGACCUCAGCUGCACGGAUUCCCACCGUCUCAACUUCGAUGACCUUCAGCCUUCCCACUAUGACCAGUACAAUCGUAAUCCACGAGCUGGCCAUGCUAGUGCUUACAGUGAAUUCGAUGGUAUCUUCUUCAAAGGCUUUGCGAGCUUCAAAUACACCAUCGAUGUGUUGCCAGUCAUUAGAGAAGAGGACGAUUCUUAUACCCUUUAUGACCCAGACUGUCCCGUUGGCCAACAGACCUCCCGCAUGUUGGGAGUCGCGUGGGUUGCUGGCAAGCCCCCUAGGCCUGCGGGACCUAAGAAUCCUAUUGCAAUCGGAUUCAAGGCCUGGGAAAGCAAUAUUCGUCUGUCGGAUAUUGACUAUUCUUACAGUGUGUGCGACGAUGUUGAUCUGAUGCAUUUCGCCACGACUGUGGACAAGUUCAAUCCUGAUGAUAAGGAGGAAGAUGAUGAUGAUGACACUCCCCUUGAAGCCAUGGAUGCCGUGGAACUGAACAUAACUCAGACACCUGAGAACCCCAACAAGAUCCAGUUCGACGGAGUAUAUGAUUUGAAAAACUGGGAAAACAGUAAGCGGGACUAUGAUAACGAAAGGUUCGAUGAUCCUGGUCUUUCAGAUCAAAUGCUUUAUCUUCCGACUGGUACAUGCCACGAGUCCAGCGAAGGUCUUGGUCAGGCUUUGAUGAGAUGGGCUGGUACUCGCGUGAAUGGGUCUUUGACCAAUGACACUCUGGAACUCAAUCUUUCUGGCGUCGCCGUCGCAGCAUUUCCACGGCAAUAUAGCUACAACAGUAGCUAUGCCAAUGUGACAUUCGAUAUUUCGUUUACGGGAUAUUUGGACUUCGCAAAUUCCACGCAGGUGAUCUUGACUGGCGCUGCGAGCCAAAAUGAGUCCCUCAUCACCUUUGAGAGGGCUAGCAGUGCGACUGCCACCAAUCCAGGACUGUCAUUGUAUUUGGUAGUAUUUUCUUUGGCGGUCAGUUUCAGUGUUUUUAUUUGA